AUGACCGGUAACGCCGAGGCAUGGACCCUGUUGUCCUUAGCUCUGGUCACAAUCUCAGUGCGUGUCGGAGUACGAUGGAAGCUCGUGGGGCCAGCCAAUUUCCAACUUGAUGAUUAUCUUAUGCCAUUGGCGGGAAUAUUCUUUGUACUUGAAACGGUAGCGGCGUACCUGGUCGGUGCCAAAUUCGGGGGCCUGACUAACAGCUAUAUGACACCUGAGCAGCGAGCAGCGCUCGACCCCAAUUCGAAGGAGUGGUCUCAUCGUGUUGCUGGGUCCAAAGUCCAGAUUAUUGGAUGGUCAUUAUACGUGGCUAUUCUUUGGCUGGUCAAAUUCAGCUUAGCAGUCUUCUACUCUCGAUUAACGACUGGGCUCCAACACCUCCCCACGCGAGUUCGGGUGGGAUAUAUUAUUUUAGGUGUGACAUACAUCGCCACGGCAUUGUCUCUCCUACUAUCAUGCCAGCCCUUCCAUGCAUUUUGGCAGAUCAAUCCUGACCCCGGCAAUAUCUGUCAGCCAAGCAACUCACGCGUUUAUGUUUUUGUCGUCGUGAUACUCAACGUUCUCACGGAUAUAUACCUUCUCUCAAUUCCGCUCCCCCUUCUCUGGACUGUUAACCUCAAUCUGAAACGAAAGAUUCCCCUCAUGGUUCUCUUCUCUGGCGCCACAUUCGUUAUGAUAGCGGGUGUUAUUCGGGCCGCUACGAUUAUGAGAUCCAGCCCCGAUGGAGCCGAAGCCGGCUCAAAAUGGGCCUGUCGUGAGACUUUUGUCUCAAUUGUUGUCUCCAACCUGCCCAUCAUCCAACCACUUAUCCGCAAGGGCUUCAAGAAGAUCGGUCUAUCCCAUGUCUUCAGUUCCUCUGGGAAAACAUCAGGAAACCCAUACCAGCUCUCUAGCCGAGGUUUAAAGACCUUGACAACCCGCGGUGAAGGCGAUACCAAGAAGAGCAAGACGAACGCUGCUGCACCGACGCAUAUGCAGACUUCUGCAUGGGGCAGUGAUGAGCAUAUCCUCGCUCAAUCGGAGCCGUCUUCGAAGGAUAUUACUGUUGUCUCGGAGACUGUCGUGCGCAGUGAGCCAUGGACCCUCGAGGAGGGUUCCGGUGUGGGUACUUCCACGACGCCCCCCAAGGAGUGGGGAAGUCAGUUGUCGCAUCGAUGA